AUGAGGCGCUGCUGCGCCUUUGGGCGCGCUUCUGGGCUUUCCGGUGCCUUGCUGCUUCGAAGCGGCGAUGGCUUUCCCAAUCGAGUUAGUGUGUUUCACGUCCAUCGCGCCCUUGGAGGCACGGCGGAUCCAUUGACCGUGACGACGGCUCCGACGCUGGCUUCUGCUCCGGCCGUGAGGCGGCCAGGCGACACAGCGGAUGUUGCCACGGUGAUCCGGAAUUGGUGGGCUUUCCCGGCAGUCGGCUUCGGUGCCUGCCUGGAGCUACCGGUUCAGAAGUUCGAGGUCCUCGACGACAAGGACUCCUGCCUGGGUGCCGUGGUGGUGCCCAACAGCAUCUUUGGCUUGCCGCUCCGCAAGGACCUCAUCUUUCGGGUCUACUGGUACCACCGCCGGAAACUGGCUGGGUACCAAGACACAAUGCAGCUUUACAAAUGGGAGUGGCCGGGGGCCAACCGCAAGGUGCGAUCGCAGAAGAAGUCGGGGAAGGGCCGCAUGGGCCGCCGCAAGGCGCCUGGGAGGUUCGAAGGAUCCCACUGCCACGCUCUGCGGCCUCGCGACUGGGGAAACACCCACCUCAACGUGCGGAUCCUUUGGCAGACCAUACGCUGCAUGCUGUCGGUGAAGUUCGCGCAAGACUCCAUCAAGGUCGUGGACUCCUUCAACUUGCAAUCUCACAAAACCAAGCACCUGGUGCAGCAUCUGCGGCGAUUGCUUGGCCGCAGGUGCCACAGCGCUUUGCUGGUGCACGAAGGAAAUGUCGACAUCAACGACAACUGCCGCUGGGCUGCGGCACACAUUCCAGCCAUCCGCCGGGAGAAUGUGGAGGGGCUGAAUGUGUACAACCUCUUGAAGUACCACCAAGUGGUGAUCACAGAGGCAGCCUUGGCAAAGCUCAUCAAGGAGAUCUUCCUCUUCCCACGGCGCCGGGGCUGGGCCCAGCGCUUCGCCACGCCCGAGCAGCGGCCGGCGCCGGUGCCUUCGAAGGUUUCGGGCUGGAACGAGGCCUGGGUCGCCAAGAAGGAGCGAGUGCGCAACUCCGAGUUCCGCGCGCGGGAGUUCUUCCAGGAGUCACUGAAGUGGAAGUGGUCGCCAGAGCUCAAGGGGCCGCUGAAAGUACCCCGGACCGACGCGCUCAGCGGCUUCCGUGUCAAGGACUUCUUGCUCUCUCCAUCGGCACCUGCCUGGGAAAAGCUCGAAAGCCUGUACGGUGACGAGGAACCACUGGACGACGAGCCGGACGAGGAGGCACGCAGACUGCUACCUUAUGACGGGCGCCCCCCAUGCAUGGUUCCACGUGCGAAAUCUGCUUUUAUCCUCGGAGGAUGGUUUCGGAAACUGUAG